AUGAUCACGAUACCAACUGACGAUGAGUUAGACACACUUGUAUUAAAUCAUCUGGAAAAUUUGUCUACCAUUAUUGAUUUGAAUCACCAUUUAGAGGAUUCUUUAAGCGAAGGAAGACUUUUACUGGCUAAAACGCGACAUAAUCUCCGGGGAAACAGUUGUUCGAUCUCUUCAACCUCUUACAAUUUAAACGAAAUGUCUACUCGUGGUGCAUCUUUCCGUGCUGCGGUCAUUGAAGAGCCUAUCGAACCUACCUAUGAUAAGGAUUUUAAAACCACUCGUUUUCAGCUAAUUGACGAAUUGGCUAGCAAUAAGUUUGAUCUUAACCCUUCAACAGACCCAAUCCGAUGGUUUUCUGGAGUACUUGUUCCUUCUAGUUUACGUCAUGCACAAUCUUGUUUUCGACGUGCUGUGAAUUUAUCCUUGGAACUUGCCAGUCGACGUGCAAAACUAGAGGCGUCUUCUCAACAAAUAAAACAUUUAAUUAAACUACGCAUGAAAAGCGAAUCAACAGUUAAAUGA